ACCGAUCUGGGCGGUGUCAUGGCAGCUUCGUCUGGCGCCAGGUCGCCAGUUAAUCAAAUAUGGCCGCCCGCUAGUGGGAUGGGUCGCGUGAAGGCGAUUGUAUUUUAAUAAUUUCUUAUCUCCGUAGUUUCAAGGUGGAUAUAGUUAGCCGCGUGUUGGUCACAAGUCAUCGCCCUACCAUUUCCCCCUUCGAAAGUGAAUAAGAACUCUGAACGACGAGGUUAGAAAUGUUGCAGACUGACGCUCGUUGAUAUCCGCCGUCUUUAAAUAUCCCAACAUGAUCCGUCAAAGUUAACGUCAAGUCCAACUUCGAGUCGUCCGACGCUGGCCUUGCCACGCAACAAUGCGAUGCCUUUUUUCCGUCUGGUUGUAACUUUUGGCAUCAGCCGGUACUCGAUAUGACUCCGCCUCUGAGUCGCAAACGCGGUUCAUCUGUCAGCUUUACUCGAGCAAAAGAUGACGAAGAUACCGGAGGUGAAAUACAAAUAUCCCUUGCCCCUUACAUCCAGACCUACCUGGCCCACAGUGGUCAAGGGUCAGGAUGCUGUGGCAUAGGGUUACCCAUUCCGUUUGAACGAGCCGCGCCAAGAUCCUGGUGGCAUCCUAAAUUUGACUCUGAGAUAUUAGAGGAUCAAUUCAAGAGGAGCGCAUAUCCUCAGAUCAGACUAAGAUUUAGAUACGCUCUUGGCUACAUUCUGCUCCUUUCCCUCUCAUGGCUGGCAUACUUUAUAGUUAUUGGAAUGGAAAGCACCGACACAUCUGUGUGGCCAGCAGGAGCUAGCAUAGCAGGAGCUUUUGGAGCAGUCGGGGCAAUGGCUCUCGCAGUUCUCUACUUCACCCACACUGACUAUUACCGCUUCUACGUAUUGCCGACAUCUUUGCUAGUCGCCUCCGUCUUAUGUUUUUUGUCAUUGCUGUUUGUGGCAUUGGUACCCCCUCAGUCGGACCGACUGACCCGGGUAGGACACUUCGCAUUGUGUACGGAGAUCUUACUUCUAAUAUACACAGUGAUACCCAUGCCACUUUACGCCUGCGUAGGAAUAUGUUCUGUGUACUCGUUUUCCUUUGAAUUUCUUACGGCGUAUUUCUACAACGCUAACCAGAUAACACGGUCUACCGACUACGACGAUAUUAGGUCACAUAACGACUCGUCAAAUCAAAGAUUGGAAUGGAUUACUACGGAAAAAUCUGAUGUAAAUAACUCAAACCUACCAACACUUAUCCAUUCACAUAGCAGCUACUUUGCAUCAAAUUUAAGCAACCCUGCAUCAGCAACCCCUUCCAUAAAUUUGGAAGGAGAUGCCUCGACAUGGAUCAUGAGAAUAUUAAUGCAAGUAUCUAUACACCUGAUCGGCCUUCACAUUUUAAUUAUGACGGUUGUUCGUAUGCGUGGUACAUUCAUGAAAGUUGGACAGUCUUUGCUGGUCCGUCGCCAGCUCGAAAUGGAAAAGCAGUUGAAAGAAAAGAUGAUUCAUUCUGUUAUGCCGCCGAAAGUUGCCAGUUGGUUAAUGGAGGAAAGCGAGCGAGAAAGGGAACGGGAGGACUCGUUAAAAAAAGGCUCUAUACCCUCCAACAACUCUGAUAUAAAUUCGCUCUUUCGUCCCUUCAACAUGCACUCGAUGGAAAACGUCAGUAUUUUAUUCGCUGACAUUGUGGGUUUCACCAGAAUGAGCUCCAAUAAAACUGCCGAGGAACUGGUGGCGAUUUUAAAUGAUUUAUUUGAAAGAUUUGACGAGCUCUGCGCUCAUCACGGGUGUGAGAAAAUUUCAACCUUGGGUGACUGUUAUUAUUGUGUCAGCGGUUGUCCAGAGCCGAGAGCAGAUCAUGCGGGAUGUUGCGUAGAAAUGGGUCUUGCAAUGAUCGAGGCAAUAAAGCAAUUUGACAUCGAGAGGCGAGAGGGCGUUAAUAUGCGUGUUGGAGUACACACUGGAACCGUUCUCUGUGGAAUUGUCGGCACAAAGCGGUUCAAAUUUGAUGUAUGGUCUAAUGACGUUACCCUAGCAAAUAAACUUGAAAGUACCGGAAAGCCCGGCAGGGUGCAUCUCAGUGAGGCAACAAUGCGUUUUCUUGGAGAUAUAUAUCUAACCGAGGAUGGCGAUGCUGUCAAUGGAGUCAAGUCUUACUUCAUAAGAGGUCGAAAAGCGGAUCUUGUUACACAAUUCAUGACGAACAUUAAUAAAGCGGGCCAAAGUCCAACACCUUCGUCAUCGCCACCAGCACCACACAAUACUCGUCUUCGACUAGCCUCGUGUACCAAUCAAGUAAAAUCUCCACGUCCCCAUUAUUUGCACAUGGUCACAAGCCCCGCAAGCUAUCGGAUAAAAGCAAACUCACUACCCAGUAUACUUGAUUCGGACAACGACGGGGAUACCGGGGAUGAGAAAGAUGACCUCAACAAAAGUCCUACCUCAAUAGCUAGUUAUGGAAAGAAAAAAGUUAAGCAAAAACCUUGGCGAUAUUUACAAAGGCAAAGGACGACAGAGGAAAUGACUCCACUGGAUAAGGGUGAAGGUAGCGAAGAGAUUACACCAUCUGUUAAAUCGUCCCGGGUACCCACUACACAUUACGAGAAAUCUACAAACGGGUAUUAUGAUCAGCUAGCAUUGGCUAAUGGGAUUGAGAGUGAUCCGAUGCCAGUAUCGAAUUUGCUACUUAAUCCAAGCCAAGAUCCAGCGAGUCAAGCACCAUCAAUUUGUAGUAGAAAAGAUUCUGGAAUUCGUAGUACCAGUAGGCGUAGCAGUAUUCAGCAACAGCUGUUCCUGAUGAACGGGAUGGCCCAGGGAGACAUAUUGGGGCACAGGGUCAGUGGUUAUUACACGUCUAGCCAAUCAACAUUAAAUUCUACCCAAGAUCAACCCGCCUCUGCCCCCCAAUAUCCAUCUGCGUCCGUGGUAACAGACAGUUUUGGUGCCUGCUUUCAUAAACUUAGAAAACAAUCCGACCUACAGUUGAUCAGAUGUGUCCAGGACAACGUGAGCUCGCAGCGUUCAUACUUCGUAAAACCCCCAUUGUCGAGCCUAACGCUGUUUUUCAAAAAUAAAGAAUUGGAACAGGAGUACCGGGAAACAGCACACAAGUCCAGCGAAGGUGUUGGCGACAAUCCGCCAACGUUGGCAACAUCCAGAUUCAACACAUAUUUCGACAUAUUAAUAUCAGCUCUGGUGUUUACCUCGGUCACUAUAUCCUUAUUCCUGUUGUAUCCACCUACGACAUACUACAUUGUAUUCUCAACGUUAGCUACUUUAAUCCACCUAUUUGCCGUUUCUUUGUGCAUAAGGCAAAUUUUGCAUCCCAAUACGACGCACACAACGUUUACACAAAAGAUAUUCAAAUUUUUCUCAAAAUGGCAUCCCUGGCAUAUAUGCGGGGGUGUGCUCGUCAGCUUGCCGAUUAUUUCGAUUUUAAUAAACCUCACCCGCGACACGAUUUUCAUGCAACAGAACCAUAUUGAGUAUUACUACAGCUAUUUGGUGUUUGUUGGCUUGGUACACUUUUGUAAUUUCACGCAACUCAAUUGCUGGAUGAAGAACUUGCUCGUUACGCUUACAGGGUUAGUGUUUAUAGGCUUAAUUGCUACUCACAUAUCUACUUACGACGACCAUGAUGAUGGAAAUCUGUUACCCCAGAAUAACGAAGAACGUCUUUAUGAAUCUGAAAUUUAUUUGGACAUGGUGUUACUUCUCCUUCUCGUGUGGUUUCUCAAUCGUGAAUUUGAAAUCAGUUAUAGACUGAGCUUUCACGGAAAUGCGGUUGCAGCAAGGGACAAGGCUAGGGUUCAGUCAAUGAAGAAUCAGGCUGACUGGCUCCUGCAUAACAUUAUACCAAAGUAUGUAGCCGAUCAAUUAAAGACUACUGCAAAAUAUUCUCAAAACCACAAGUCUGUCGGAAUCAUAUUUGCAAGUAUUGUCAAUUUCAAUGAGCUCUACGACGAAUCUUAUUUGGGGGGAAAAGAAUACCUUCGCGUGCUGAACGAACUUAUUGGCGAUUUUGACGAACUUCUUGAAAAGUCGGAAUUUUCAAACGUGGAAAAAAUCAAAACAAUCGGCAGUACAUUUAUGGCUGCGAGUGGUUUGAAUCCUCAGGUACGGCAACAAAACGAGCACAAGUGCACUCAUUUGUUUCAACUCUUGGAAUUCGCGGUAGCGAUGCAUAAAGUUAUCUACGAUUUCAAUAGAGAUCUCCUUGGAUUUAAAUUGAUAUUAAGGAUUGGAUAUAAUUACGGGGAUGUAACUGCUGGUGUGAUCGGUGCUACAAAGUUGUAUUACGAUAUAUGGGGGGAUGCAGUAAACAUAGCGUCUCGCAUGGAUUCAACUGGUGUUGCAGGAAGAAUACAAUUGGCAAGUAAUUGCUUGGACGUACUUGCAGGGAGAUAUGAUUUCGAACCAAGGGGACAGGUAUAUGUAAAGGGUAAAGAUAAUAUGGAUGUGUUUUUAUUGAUCGUCAAAGGUGCGGAAGGCGAUAGUUGAAAGUUAUUAAUAAAUGUUUUCGAUGAUAUUUUAAGGUAAAA